AUGACGUUCACGCCGCUGCAAAAUGCUGGCAAUGCCGCAUCAUCCAGGCCUACAGAAUCCGAGACGACGGCAGGUCCAUCACAGGAUGAAUCGAUCUGCCCCUCGCAAGAUGCCUACUCAGCCGUCGCCUCGGUCCUUCCCACAAUCCCACUCGGACCGCCAGGAGCGGGCUUUGAUCCUGCCGGCGCCGAAGGUUUACACAAUACCGCUAACAUGAACCACAAUCGAGACAGCCUUGAGCACUGUGAGCCGAUCUGGCCUUCGUGGGCCGAUUUCGAUGUGGACGCCUUGAACUUCUCGAUAUCCGCUGCAAUAUCUGAAUGGGGUCUUGCUCCCGAGGUUUCACCCGAUGCCCCAGGGAUAGACAUUGCCACCGAUGGAUUUGGCCGCUCCCGAGAUACCUCUCUAGGGCCCAGAGAACUCCUAUCUGCGGUACAAGCCAAUUGGCAUACCCGAGUGAUUGCAGACUCACCCACACUAAGCUCAGACGCUUCGGUCCAUGUCGAAGCCAGUGUGAACGAUGCAUAUCGAGAAGGGUUGACACAGAGGUUACAUCCUUCUGUGCACAAGACCGUACUCCCUUCAGCUGCAUUCUUGAACCUUUGCGUCAAAUUGUAUUUUACGAAAUUUCAUCCUGUUCUCCCCUUGGUGCACGCUCCGACCUUUCAACCGUCUUCAGAGAACGCCCUCCUGCUUUUGUCCAUUUGUUCCAUCGGCGCCCUCUUUAUAGGUUCACCUAGUGCGUCGGCCCAAGGUCGCAAGAUUUUCCAGAUUCUUAACAAGGCAGUCUUGGCAACUUGGGAGAACUACGUUGGCUACGAUGGCCGAGAAACCCUGGCACUAACACAGGCAGCCAUUAUUGGACAAACCUUUCCGAUGCUCUCCGGGUACCCUCAAGAUCUGUACAUGACCGAGUGCUUCUCGGGCACGGUCAUGGCAUGGGCACGCCAAGCGGGAUUUUUUAAUGUCAAGGAUACUUUGCCGAUGGUUCAAAAACUAGACAGCCUUGAUAUUGAGGAGGCCUGGAAAGACUGGGCUCGGAAAGAGGAAAAGGCUCGUUUGAUUCUCGGAUUAUAUAUCCACGAUUCCGAGUUUGCUACAAUUUUCCACCAUGAACCUCUACUACGACACCACCCCGGUCGAUUGCCCAAAUGUGCUUCCGAAGAGCUGUUCUCAGCUACAACCGCAACACAGUGGUAUGCUAUUCUCAGAAGAAAUCAAACAACAGAUGAGACGGCCCAUGCGUAUGCGCCUUUACAGGUGGCCGCACAUCAGUCCGAGAUGCAUACCUAUGCAUCACUCGCUGGCAUUAUAGCCUCGAUACAGGAAACCAGAGCUUGUACCCAGGAUUUCACAAAUGCUGCGCCUUUUCGGGACUCGCUUCUUGGAUGGUAUCAUGAAUCCUUCAAAUCAUUACCAGAACACAACUUGGCCAACCUCAUGAUCCUUUGGCAUACUGGAUUCUUAACCUUGUACUCCGAACUCGAUACUCUUGAGCGCGCUGUUGGCCGUAACGGAGAAUCCAGCGCGGCACAAGUCUCGGACAUUGUCCACGAAUGGGCAACAUCCGUGGAAGCAAGGCGAAGCGUCUUGCACGCUCAUUUCAUUGUCACCAUUGCCGAAAACUUGCCGCUCGGCCUAGAGCCUGCUAUCCAUGUCCCCAAGGCUUUGUUUUACUCGGCACUUGCAACCACCUGUUUUUUGAAGUUUGGUCCAAACAGGGAACCUCUCAUUUUCAUGCAGGAAAUGGAUAUGCCAGAGUUCCAAUGUCCCACCACUGUGAAUACAGUCGAUUCUAGUGGCGCCAAAGGGCGUGUCAAUCGGAUUCCUCCGAUUGAUUCAAGUUUAUUAUGCAGGGCGGUGGACUUGUUGCGGCGUAUCGGCCACUGGGAGAUCUCACGAAGGUUUUAUUCCGUGUUGAACCCUUUACUUCAAGAGUUGGUGAAAUGA